AAAAAAACAAAAACAAAACAUAAAUAUAAAAUCUACCAAUUUUUUAUUAUUUUUUUAAAAAAUAAUAAUAUCAAGCAAUUUUUUCUCUUCAAAUUUCGGCAAUAGCCUAAUCUUUUUGACAUUUCACCACUUUAUUUUAGUGCAAAAAAAGAAAAAAAAAAUAAAAAUAAAAACACAAUUGAUUUACCCUUUUUUAUUCAGAGUGGCACAAUUAGUAAAUUGGUGCAAAUGAGCGGUAAAUUUCGAACUGCUCCAGUGAUGCAUCAUCCUCAUAUAUCAUCUCCUCCGUCAAUUUAGCAAAAGCUUUCCAACCAAUCUCUCUCUCUACAUUGCUCUCUCUCUACACUCUCUGUCUCACUGCUCUGCCAACACAUCCACUAAAUCAAACACAUUUCAUCCGAAUUUUGCAACUCAAUCUGCCAAAUAUAUAGCAGAUCUGAUCCACACUCCUCCAGAUCCAAACACGCGAACCCUAAUUCAGCAAUGGAGGAGGCAUUGGAGAUGGUUCGUGCCAAGGACACGAAGGAGAGAAUGGCGGGAGUGGAACAUCUCCACCAACUUCUAGAGGCUUCCAGGAAGAGCCUGUCGUCUUCGGAGGUCACUUCGCUGGUCGAUUGUUGCUUGGAUCUCCUCAAAGACAACAAUUUUAGGGUUUCUCAGGGGGCACUGCAAGCUCUUGCCUCCGCUGCUGUUCUCUCUGGUGAGCACUUGAAGCUUCACUUCAAUGCCCUAGUUCCAGCAGUUGUUGAGCGCUUGGGUGAUGCCAAACAGCCUGUUCGUGACGCUGCGAGGCGCCUUUUGCUCACUCUCAUGGAGGUUUCUUCUCCAACGCUCAUUGUUGAAAGAGCAGGGUCUAAUGGUUGGACACACAAAAGUUGGAGAGUUCGUGAAGAGUUUGCACGGACUGUUACAUCAGCGAUUAAUCUUUUUUCAGCUACGGAGCUCCCUCUUCAACGUGCUAUUCUUCCUCCUAUUUUGCAGAUGUUGAAUGAUUCAAAUCAUGGUGUUAGGGAAGCUGCUAUCUCGUGUAUUGAGGAGAUGUAUGCUCAGGCUGGGCCUCAAUUCAGAGAUGAACUUCAGCGUCAUAAUCUUCCUGCAUCAAUGGUAAGAGAUAUAAAUGCCAAGUUAGAGAGGAUUGAACCAAAAAAUCAUUCUUCUGAUGGACUUGCAAGUAACUAUGCUGUUGUUGAGAGUAAGCCUGCCAGCCUUAAUCCCAAAAGAAGCAGUCCGAAGGCCAAGAGUUCCACAAGAGAGGUUUCUCUCUUUGGAGGAGAUAGUGAUGUCGCUGAGAAACUAGUUGAACCAAUCAAAGUGUACUCAGAAAAGGAGUUAACAAGGGAGUUUGAAAAAGUUGCUUUAACUCUUGCACCAGAAAAAGAUUGGUCCAUCCGUAUUGGAGCCAUGAAAAGAGUUGAAGCUCUUGUUAUUGGAGGUGCAACUGAUUACCCAUGUUUUCGCGGACUUCUAAAGCAACUUGUUGGCCCUUUAAGCACACAAUUGUCUGAUCGAAGAUCUAGCAUAGUGAAGCAGGCUUGCCAUCUAUUGAGCUUUUUAUCUAAAGAGCUUCUGGGAGAUUUUGAGGCGUGUGCUGAGAUGUUCAUUCCCGUUCUUUUCAAGCUCGUUGUGAUAACUGUACUUGUAAUUGCAGAGUCUUCAGAUAACUGCAUAAAAACGAUGUUGCGUAACUGCAAAGUUUCCCGUGUACUUCCCCGUAUAGCUGAUUGUGCAAAGAAUGAUCGUAAUGCAAUACUUCGUGCAAGAUGUUGUGAGUAUGCACUUUUGAUACUAGAAUUUUGGGCUGAUGCACCUGAAAUACAACGUUCAGCCGAUGUCUACGAGGACUUUAUAAAAUGUUGUGUAGGAGAUGCAAUGAGUGAGGUAAGAUCAACUGCAAGAACUUGUUACAGAAUGUUUGCAAAAACUUGGCCAGAGCGUUCCCGUCGAUUGUUUUCAUCCUUUGAUCCUGUCAUUCAAAGGAUAAUAAACGAUGAGGAUGGUGGCAUGCAUAGACGAUAUGCUUCUCCUUCCCUUCGCGAGAGAAGUUCACAAAUGUCAUUUACCCCUCAAACAUCUGCUGCGUCAAAUUUACCUGGAUAUGGAACUUCAGCUAUAGUUGCAAUGGAUAGAAGUGGAAGUUUACCCUCUGGGACGUCUCUCUCUUCUGGGCUACUUCUAUCACAGGCAAAGUCAGUUGGUAAAGCUGCAGAGCGUAGCCUGGAAAGCGUGCUGCAUGCAAGCAAACAGAAGGUUACAGCUAUUGAAAGCAUGCUUAGAGGUUUGGAUAUAUCUGAGAAACACAAUACUUCAACCCUCCGAUCAUCUAGUUUGGAUCUAGGAGUCGACCCUCCAUCAUCUCGUGAUCCACCAUUUCCUCUUGCUGUUCCUGCUUCGAAUAAUCUUUCAAACUCUUUAGUGGUAGAUACAACUACAUCUGGUAUGUCUAAAGGUAAUAACCGUAAUGGUGGCUUGAUGUUGUCUGACAUCGUCACUCAGAUUCAGAAUUACAAAGAUCCCAGUAAAUCAUCGUACCACAGUACUGUGGGAACUGAGUCUUUUACAACACUUCCAUCGUACUCAGCUAAGAGAACUUAUGAAAAACUACAAGAAAGAGGUUCCUUAGAAGAGAAUACUGAUGCUAGGGAGGCCAGGCGAUCCACGAACUGGCAAAUUGACCGGCAAUACUUGGAUGCACCCUUUAAGGAUGCGAAUUUCAGGGAUUCACAGAGUAGUCACAUUCCCAAUUUUCAGAGGCCACUUUUGAGAAAGAAUGUUACUGGACGCAUGUCUGCAAGCAGGAGGAGGAGUUUUGAUGACAGCCAGCUGUCAUUGGGGGAGAUGUCAAGCUAUGUGGAAGGUCCAGCUUCUCUUAAUGAUGCUUUGAGUGAGGGACUCAGUCAAAAUUCAGACUGGAAUGCUAGGGUUGCUGCAUUUAAUUAUCUCCACUCUUUGCUGCAGCAAGGUCCAAAAGGUAUUCAAGAAGUUACCCAAAGUUUUGAGAAGGUAAUGAAGUUGUUUUUCCUGCACUUGGAUGAUCCCCACCACAAAGUUGCACAGGCAGCUCUUUCAACGCUUGCAGAUAUUAUUUCAGCUUGCCGGAAGCCCUUUGAAAGUUACAUGGAGAGGAUCUUACCCCAUGUUUUUUCACGGUUGAUAGAUCCAAAGGAAUUAGUAAGGCAACCUUGCUCAACAACUUUGGAAAUUGUUGGAAAAACUUAUGGUAUAGAUUCCCUUUUACCGGCUUUGCUCCGGUCACUAGAUGAACAACGGUCGCCGAAGGCAAAAUUGGCUGUUAUUGAGUUUGCUAUUAGUUCCUUCAACAAGCAUGCCAUGAAUUCCGAGGGCUCUGCUAAUAUUGGCAUCCUAAAGUUAUGGCUUGCUAAACUGACGCCAUUGGUUCAUGAUAAGAAUACAAAACUGAAGGAAGCAGCUAUUAGGUGCAUAAUAUCAGUUUACUCCUACUUUGAUUCGGUAGCAGUUUUAAAUUUUAUUCUUAGUUUAUCAGUUGAAGAACAAAAUUCCCUGAGACGAGCCCUUAAGCAGUACACACCUCGUAUAGAAGUGGACUUGAUGAACUUUUUGCAGAACAAAAGAGAGAGACAGCGCCUCAAGUCCUCUUACGAUCCAUCUGAUGUUGUUGGGACAUCUUCUGAAGAAGGAUAUAUUGGGGUGUCAAAGAAGAGUCACUUCUUUGGUAGGUAUUCUGCUGGUUCGAUUGAUAGUGACGGUGGUAGGAAGUGGAGUUCUGCACAAGAGUCAACCCAGAUCACCGGCUCUAUUGACCAAACAUCAUCUCAUGAAACUAAUGACCACUUGUAUCAGAGUCUUGGCACUGGUUCUAACAGUGAGAUUCAUAGUUCCAAAAACAAUGACCUGAAAUACAUGGCUGAUGCCACAAGUGAAAAUAUGGGAUCCUGGACUGGCCGGCUAGAAAGUAUGGGCAACAGUGUAAACAAGGAGGCUUCUUCCACACCACAUUUGAAUAUCAAUGGUCUGAUGAGCUCUGACCAUGGAGGGGUCACUGCAGGCUUUAGGCUUGAUAAUGAGACUGACCUGGAAAUUAAUCACUCAAAACAAACAGCUUUAGGAAUCAACUCUGCUGCAGACACAGGAACUAGCAUCCCUCAAAUUCUUCAUCUUAUUUGCAAUGGGAAUGAUGAAAGCCCAACUGCAAGCAAGCGUAGUGCACUUCAGCAGUUAGUUGAAGCUUCUGUGGCAAAUGAUCAAUGCAUUUGGACCAAGUACUUCAAUCAGAUUUUGACAGUUGUACUUGAGGUUUUGGAUGAUUCUGAGUCAACUAUCAGAGAACUUGCUCUUACAUUGGUAGUAGAAAUGCUAAGGAAUCAGAAAGAUGCUAUGGAAGAUUCUGUUGAGCUUGUAAUCGAAAAACUGCUUCAUGCUACAAAGGAUACUGUUCCUAAAGUUGCGAACGAAGCAGAACACUGUUUGACUGUUGUGCUGGCUAAAUAUGAUCCAUUCAGAUGUCUAAGUGUUAUUGUCCCUUUAUUGGUUACCGAAGAUGAUAAAACUCUUGUUACGUGUGUAAACUGCUUAACAAAGCUUGUGGGCAGGCUGUCUCAAGAGGAACUAAUGGCUCAGCUACCAUCAUUCUUGCCUGCUCUUUUUGAUGCAUUUGGCAACCAGAGUGCUGAUGUUCGCAAGACGGUGGUCUUCUGUCUAGUGGACAUCUAUAUCAUGCUCGGGAAAGAAUUCUUACCAUACUUGGAAGGGCUUAACAGUACACAAUUGCGAUUGGUGACUAUUUAUGCUAAUCGUAUCUCGCAGGCCAGGACAGGUACUGCAAUAGACGCGUAGCUGAUUUGUUCAAGGUGAAAGAUUGGGUCAGAGUUGGUGCCUCACCACCAACGGUUAGCUAAUUUGUUUGGGAUGGAAAUUUUUUGGGUACAGUGAGUCAGUUUGGUCAUUCGCUGUUGUGUAUUUUGUAUAUUGUGUGAAAUUUGUGUCUUGAAGGUGGGUUGGGUUUGUAUUUUAUUUUUUUAAUUAUUUUUAUAUUCAUUUUCCCCUUUUUUGGUUUGAAGUCAGAGGUAGAGUGUUGUUUGUGGUGGGAAACAAAUUCGGGAUUGGACUCUUGGUGCCCAUAAUGAAAUUUACAUAUUCUGAAAUA